AUGAAACUCCCAAGGCUUUUGACAUUUAAGUUGAGAUUUGGGCAUUCUUUUUUACUGAUGGUUCUUGUCACUUAUAGUGGAGAAACUGAUACUUCAGGUUUACUGAGAGAUAGCAAAAUACUCUCAGGUCUUAUUCCAGGUUUGUUUUGUUCUACUAAACAUCUUUAUAUUUUCUCGUGUCUUCUUCAUUCUUGUUUUUGUAUGAUACUUUAC